AUUGGAACCACGCCUCUGUUCAAGGAACGUACUAGCCACAGGGAUUGUUGUUAGCGGGUUUGCUAGCAGGGGCAGUUCUUCUUUGACAUUUCAAUUGGAAUAUGCACCCUCAAUAUUGAUACUGUUUAACUGGCGAAUCUUUGUAAUUUGACUGAGGAAAUCCAAAUUUGGUUCGACAAGUUGUUAUUGGUCGCAGUCAGUUGAGCUCUUUUGAGUAUGAAUAUACAAUGAAGCGGCGUGCGGAGGACCAGGAACCAGUAUUUGCGUCCCAGCAGCAGCGUCGCCCCCCAGUCCCGGGUACUGUGGAGGGCUUCCAGCACCGCGUCAUAGCCCCAGCCGUGUACGAGGCCGUCACCGACAACAUGCAGCCUUCCCCCGGCAUCCAAUACUCCAUCCCCCAGGGUUACCAGGUUCCCACAAUGCCCCAGAACUCCAGUGGCCAUGGACAUGCCUCUAGUCCUGCUGCACUUGUCGGGCCCCACCCCCACAGUCCAGCUGUCCAAUCACAGGGGGCUGCGGUGGUCCAGAGCCAUGCCCAUCCUUUGGCCCCUAUGGCCCCCUCACAGGGUGCCCAGUUCCAGCGACUCAAGGUUGAAGACGCUCUGUCCUACCUGGACCAAGUGAAACUGCAGUUUGGGAAUCAGCCUCAAGUCUACAACGACUUCCUUGACAUCAUGAAAGAGUUCAAGUCACAGAGCAUCGACACUCCGGGCGUGAUCAGCCGUGUCUCCCAGCUCUUCAAGGGCCACCCAGAUCUCAUCAUGGGAUUCAAUACCUUCCUGCCGCCGGGCUACAAGAUCGAGGUCCAGACCAACGAGCAGGUCAACGUGACCACGCCAGGUCAGAUCCACUACAUCACCCCGCACGGCAUCUCGGUCCAGAACCUCCCCGUUACGGGACCACCCAGCCAGCCGGUGCCCCAUCACCAGGCCCUGCAGCCGCCCAGUGGACCCCCCACCAGCACCGCCACAGCCAGCACCGCUCUACCCACCCAGCCUACACCGGCCAAGACCAGCAAGCCGAUGCAGUCUCCUGCCCUGACCCCGACUAGCCAACCCAACCCGUCAAUCCCAUCCUACGCCUCCCCACGGUCCCCCUCGGUCCAGUCCCACGCCCCGGUGAGCAGCACCCCUUCCAGCGGGCCUCCCCUGCAGAACAACCAGCCCGUGGAGUUCAACCACGCCAUCAACUACGUCAACAAGAUCAAGAACCGCUUCCAGGGGCAGCCUGACAUCUACAAAGCCUUCUUGGAGAUCCUGCACACUUACCAGAAGGAGCAGCGAAACGCGAAGGAGGCGGGGGGCAACUACACCCCGGCAUUGACAGAGCAGGAGGUGUACGCUCAGGUGGCACGGCUCUUCAAGAACCAGGAGGACUUGCUCUCGGAGUUCGGCCAGUUCUUACCGGACGCCAACAGUUCAGUGAGUUGUCCCCCUUUUCUCCAGCUGCUGAGCAAGACCACGGCCGACCGGGCGGAGUCGGUGCGCAACGACCACGGCACCACGGUCAAGAGGCCCCUGAUGAACAACAAGCAGCGGCUCAACCAGAACGGCUGUCCAAUCAGGAGGCAUUCUGGAGCGGGCGCCACGCCUCCCGUCAAGAAGAAACCCAAAAUGUUGGGGAAAGACCAUGCCAUGGCUGAGGCCAGCAAACAUAGCAUCGGCACAGAAUCUCUCUUCUUUGAAAAGGUGAGGAAAGCCCUCCGGAGCUCUGAGGCCUAUGACAACUUCCUGCGGUGUCUGCUCAUCUUUAACCAGGAAGUGAUUUCUCGUGCAGAGCUUGUGCAGCUAGUGCUACCGUUCCUGGGAAAAUUCCCAGAGCUGUUCUCCUGGUUCAAAAACUUCCUGGGCUACAGAGAGUCCAGCCACAUCGAGAGCUUUCCCAAGGAGAGGACCACAGAGGGCAUGGCCAUGGAGAUUGACUACGCUUCCUGUAAGAGGUUGGGCUCCAGCUACAGGGCGCUACCCAAGAGCUACACACAGCCCAAGUGUACAGGGAGGACCCCACUGUGUAAAGAGGUCCUGAAUGACACGUGGGUGUCGUUCCCUUCGUGGUCAGAGGAUUCCACCUUUGUCAGCUCCAAGAAGACCCCGUAUGAGGAGCAUAUUUACAGAUGUGAGGACGAGCGCUUCGAGCUGGACGUGGUGCUGGAGACCAACCUGGCCACCAUAAGAGCUCUGGAGGCGGUACAGAGGAGGCUGUCGCGCAUGACGGCCGAGGAGCAGGUAAAGUUCCGGCUGGACAACACCAUGGGCGGCUGCUCCGAGGUCAUCCACCGCAAGGCCAUCCAGAGGAUAUACGGCGACAAGGCCGCCGACAUCAUCGACGGGCUCAAGAGGAACCCGUCUGUGUCCGUCCCUAUAGUUCUCAAGAGGUUAAAGAUGAAAGAAGAAGAAUGGAGGGAAGCCCAGAGAGGAUUUAACAAGAUCUGGAGGGAGCAGAAUGAGAAGUAUUACCUCAAGUCCCUCGACCACCAAGGCAUCAACUUCAAGCAGAAUGACACCAAGGUGUUCCGCUCAAAGACCUUGCUCAAUGAGAUUGAGACCAUAUACGAUGAGCGACAGGAACAGGCUUCCGAGGACACGGCCACCGUGCCUGGCGGGCCCCACAUAACCCUGACCUACCAGGACAGCCAGAUCCUGGAGGACGCCGCCGCGCUCAUCAUCCACCACGUCAAGAGGCAGGCCGGCAUCCAGAAGGAGGACAAGUACAAGAUCAAACAGGUCAUCCACCACUUUAUCCCAGACAUGCUGUUCGCCCGGCGCGGGGAGCUGUCGGAUGUGGAGGAAGAGGAAGACGAGGAGGAGGAGGAGGAAGAAGACGAAACCGGACCAGAUGAAGACGGGUCAAAGAAGCACAACGGGUUGGCCGGCAGUGGCGGCUCCACUAAGUCUAAGCUGCUUUUCGGCAACACGGGGGCGCAGAAACUGCGUGGCCUCGACGAAGUCUACAACCUCUACUACGUCAACAACAACUGGUACAUCUUCCAGCGCCUGCAUCAGAUCCUCUGUUUGCGGUUGUUGCGCAUCUACGGGCAGGCAGAGAGGCAGAUCGAGGAGGACUGCAGGGAACGGGAGUGGGAGAGGGAGGUGCUGGGUGUCAAACGGGAUAAGAGUGAGAAUCCUGCCGUCCAGCUGAGACUAAAGGAGCCCAUGGACAUUGAAGUGGAGGACUACUACUCUGCCUUCCUGGAGAUGGUGCGGAACCUCCUGGACGGUAACAUGGAGCCCACCCAGUACGAGGACUCCCUCAGGGAGAUGUUCACCAUCCACGCCUACACUGCCUUCACCAUGGACAAGCUCAUCCAGAGCAUUGUCAGACAGCUCCAGCACAUUGUGAGUGAUGAGCUCUGCGUGCGCGUGACAGACCUCUACCUGAGCCAGAGCACCAACAAGGCCACCGGCGGCGCCCUGUCCACCCAGGCUUCCAGAGCGACCGCCGAGGGGGCAUACCAGCGCAAGGCGGAGCAGCUCAUGUCCGACGAGAACUGCUUCAAGCUGAUGUUUGUGAAGAGCCAAGGCAGCGUGACCCUGACCCUGGAGCUGCUUGACACGGAGGAGGAGAACUCGGAUGAACCCGCUGAGACAGAGCGGUGGUGCGACUACGUGGGACGCUACCUGAACUCGGACUCAGCGUCUCCAGAGCUGCGCGAGCACCUGGCCCAAAAGCCUGUGUUCCUCCCCAGAAACCUCCGGCGGAUACGGAAGUGCCAGAGAGGGUGGGAGCAGCUGCAGCAGGCGAAGGCGGCUACGGGGACGUCGGAGAAGUCCCACAGCGCUGAGGACCUGAAGAUGGAGUGCAUGUUCAAACUCAACUCGUACAAGAUGGUGUACGUCUUCAAGUCUGAGGACUACAUGUACAGACGCACUGCGUUGACCCGGGCUCACCAGUCCCACCAGAGAGUCCACACUCGCCUGCACCGCCGCUUCCAAGGCUUGGUGGACACCUGGGCCAAGGAACACGUGACCAGCGACAUGGCCACCGACACCCGCAAGUGGCUGAUGGGAGAGCGUCGCGAGGGUCUGUUGCCGUGCACCACCACCCAGGAUCCCCAGGUCCUCUAUUACCUGAAAAUCAACAGAUACCAUGUGACGUAUCAUGGCAGCUCGUCAGGGGCACCUUAGCUCAACCGGGUGACGAGAUGACGGGAGGGUAUUACUUAUCGUCCUUUUAAUAAGUCGGCUUGGCAGCAAAUUGCUGGAUUCUGGAAACUGACGGAGAUUACUUUAUAUUUGUUUUUAUAAGGACUUUUUAAAUGGACCCUCCCUAUCUUUGCAGCACAAAAAAAAGCCAAAUUUCCUAUGUGGCCACCAACCAGUUCUCCAUCAGUCCCCUAAACCCCCAGCCACCCUACCAGCCUGUCUUAUGCCACCUUUGAAUACAGCAGAAAAUAUAUGAUGCGACCGAAUACGCUAUGAGUGCAAGAAAGGAAGCCGUUGUAGUUAUACAGCUAUUGAUCCUUGGCUGGACUGAUCCUCAGACUGAUGGAUGCUGUUGAGAACCACGCAGAAAGAGCACGCCAUACAGAAUGCUUGGCUUUUUCCCCCCGUUUUGAAGCAAUAUACACCCACUGAAGUGGUUGAGGAGCACCACACCAUCCGGUGUGCAGGUCUCUAGUUUAACUGCUAAGAAGAACCACAGAAGUCUCUCACAACCACUGUGAGUAGGAAGAUUAGCAUACAGGCAUGGACUAUGAACAGGUAUUUUAUCCAGGCCACAAGAUGGCUUUUGGAUUUUGUAUAAUUGUAUAGCCUGUGAAUGUUUCUUUUUUUCAGUGGUACAGGUAUGUAUGCUAUGUGUCCACAAACAUCUCUGGCAGCCGUGGUGUAGAUAUUGGGCAGAUUUAUGCGAACAUACCAGGUUUUCCCCCAGUCAGUCAAGUAUAGUAACAUCAGACUACCCACAUACUGCUGAUUUGUAAAUAGCUUGUUGAUAGUCGUCCUUUUUGUCAGAGAUGUGCAUUGAUGUGUACCCUAACAGACUUAGUUUAGACCUCGGGUCAAAAGUUGAAGAGAAAUAGCCUAUAUUGAAAAUGCUCACAUUUUAACAACUGUUUUUACCAAAGGAACUUUAUUAGAGCCUUUUUCCUUUGUGUUCUGUUUCUUUCGUGUUAUGUCAUGUAAGCCUUCAUUUAGCAAAGUAUAACGUUUUCAUUGUCUUGAAAUUGAUAAUUUUAUACAAAAUGUUUCAAGACAUUAUUUGUCUAUCCGGUUUUUCACUCAAGUCAUUGGCACCAGUUCCAAUUCGGAAUUUCUGAACAAUGAAUGUAGCCUAGAAACUAUUUACGCUUUCCCUGUACAUAAUGUAAACGAUUUGUACCUCCUAAACCAAUUCUCCAUUAAUAUAUCCAUCAGAAUUUCUGGAUCAGUCAUCAAAUAUGGAACAGCUAAUCCCAUAAAUCCAUGUGAUCUUAUUGUGGUUGUGAUGAUAGUUGCCAUUGGUAACGGGCAGGUUGUUGCAUGUUAAGAUUCCCACUUGGAUCACAGGUUCCUCCUCCAGGGCUACCCAGGGCUACAGUAGAGGGAUCAGUCAUGCCACCUCCACAGGACCAAUCAGCCACAUGCAGCAUCCCCAUCUCUACUUUCUGGUAAAUGUCACUUUAAAGAUGACUCAGAGACGUAAGACUCCCGAGUCCGUUUCUGAAGUGCAAUCAUGCUUCAUUAAAAUCAGUCCAGAUGAGAUGUAGUUCUGCCUACUUUACAAGGUAUUGAUAAUGUCUCAAUAUAAAAGAGAACGGUGGUAAUGGCCCCCCCAAUUAUAAACAGCACUGUUUUAUAGUGUCAUGUUGUACACUUUCAGAAGGUGCAGGUGUAGACACAUAUACAAUGAUUUGUGAAAUUGUAUUCUGAUCGCCAAAUCUGGUCCAUAUCCAUAAUAAGAUCCACAUUGACAACCAUAUGAGUAUAUGUGAAUGUAUACCAUUCAACUGCUACAGUUUAAUCAUCAACAACCAAGCAACAAGCACACUGCAUUUGACAUGCUAUUCCUUUCUCUCUUUUUUUUUUUUUGUUUUUUUUUUUUGUAAGAAAUCCUGUCCCCAGAAAGGUUGAGCCUGUAGUGUUUUGGGUUGGUGGUAAUACUUCCAUUUUCCCAGUGUUUCAUCAUCGUCGUAUAUGAAUUUGAGUUUAAUUUUUUCUAACCACAUGUCACACCACUCGGUACCUCUUCACGCCUGACCAGAACCUUCUCAUCUGGCUCUGUUUCUGUCCAGCAAAACCUGGAUGUUAAUUCUGAUCUCACAUGAGAACCUGGGCAUUCUGAUUUACAUGAACAAAUGUAAACAAAAACACUUUGGCUAUGGACAUCAACCAGAUCCUCAGAUCCACUUGACUGAAGUCUUGCUCCUACACUACCGAUGGAACGAUCUCAUAGAAUAGAUCCAAGCCACUACACCAGGGAAUACUUUGGGGAGAGUUGUAGUCGUGGGAGUGUGUGUGACGUUGAACUGCCACCAAUUGAUCUGGAAGGAGGACAUUUUAACAACCCAAAUAGGACAAGUUUCCUCAUCAACGUUUGGCCCCACAAGGCUUCUCUGUCAGUGCUGUAACCAGCUAAAGACAAUCUCUGGACUGUUUCUAUCUUUAGACUGAUUUUCAUUUUUCUAUUUACUGUGUUGAACAUGGAGUACAGGAGGACUACCGGGCAGCUGAAUUGUAUAUACAAACUACAAAGACUACAUUUGUAGCCCAUUUUCUGUGUCCCUUUGUCACCUCUUCUUUGACUUCUAUGAUGUUGUGUAGUAUGGUGUUUGGCAUUAAACUCUUAUUUGAAUAGACUGAA